UGCAUGUAACGCAGCGAUGCUGAUGUAGACGUUUGUCAAAAUACUCGAACUCCCACAAAUACCCCCGUUGGAAUACAGUUGUGGACAUUUAUGUAAUGGCUGUGGAUAUCCUCGACAUCAGGAUGAUUUCGAUACGGCUCUUUUGGAAUGGGCUAUGGAUAUUACUGGGCCAGGUUCUAGCAGGUUGUGCUCAAUCGGUUGAUGUUUCAUUUACUCAAAGAGAUCGAGCAUACUUCAUCAAACCAUUGACUUUGAAGAGUUCUAUCUUUAACCCAUUAUUACAAGAAGGACAGUUUGCCAUCACACACCCGUCACCAUUCAAUAUGGUCAAGGCAAAAUAUGGACAGUUUGAAGCGGAGGGUCUAGUCAAUCAGAACAGUUUCAUCACUAGUCAUAAGAAUGAAAGCGUCAAUUUAGAAAGCUUAAAAAAUAUAGAGAUAAGUGCACAUAUAGUAUCGCGGUCUCUGACUCGAGAGCGGCCGGUCCUUCAAGUCCUGUGCCAUUCUAGUCAAAUAAUCCAGGUUCCACCGAACAAUGCUAAAUCAAAUAAGAACAAAAAUGCUCAGUCUAAGCCUGUUAUCUCCGAGCAGAGAUGGUGCUUGCAGGUCCAUGCCCAGUUCAACAUGCAGAGAGCCGCGUCAGUCUGUAUUUUAGAUGGACACAGAAACAAGUGCACAGCAGAUAUUGUAAUUCCCGACUUGUGGUGGAAGGAUCCUUAUCGCAGUGCGGAUGUUUACUACUCAUAUUAUCCGAUCGAAAAGAACGUGGAAUGUUCGAGCUCGUCCAACAUCAUCAAAUAUGACACAGAAGGAACUGUGGAGAGUUUGCAAAAGUUUUAUGUUGGUGCGGUGCGUUUGGAUAAGGAUACGACCCGCUAUAAGGAGCUAAAAGAGGACCAACACAUCUUGCUCUAUGUGCCGAGGGAUCCAGUUCUACCUGGUACGAAGUUUAGGGGAGCAGUCAAGUUGCAGGCUGAAUCAGAUGUGCAGAAAUUCACUGUCAGAAUCCGCGUGCGACGAGGAAUUAAAGUGAUUGGUGUGGAAGCGAGGGAUCCUGAUCGAUGGCAUCUUGACGUCGACCUCAACACUAAACGAAGGGGAGCGGUUGUCGUGGCAACAGUUAAUAGCGACAAAGUGUACACCAAGGCCUCUAGGAUUCAAGACAUAUAUGAUUGGGUGUUCGAGGUUGAGGAGGAGACUGUCCGUGACGGCGAUAUAGACGGGCGAAUCUUUUGGCAGAUCCAGUACAUGCCGAGUCACCUGGCUGUUGGUCCGGUGAAACAGCUAAGGGCGUCGACAAGAAUUCCUGUCAGUCCAGAUGAGGAUUAUCAUAUUGUUCCUGUUCUCAAGAUUUGGGAAGUGCUCAAUCUUGCUAUCCUGACUGGUCGACGACAAACAUGGUCAAUCCAGGUGUACGCUGUGAGAACAUCCGGCCACACUGAUGACAUCACAAAGCUGUGCAGCUGUCACUCGAUGGAUGAAGAAGUCAUCAAGGUGACUUUGGAUUGUUCGCAUGUGUACGUGGACGGAACAGAAACAAAUGGAGCCAGGAAUGCCACUAUUAUUCUAAAACAUGCCGAUAAAAUCCAAGAAGUUCAGCUGACCGUUUGGAUCCCGGAGGUGCCCGUCAAUGUCGAAAUAUCCGACACAAAACUGAGUCAGAUAAAGCUGUGGAAAGCACCUGAUGUUCAUACAAGGAAAACUCGGGGCACUGAUUUUGGUAGCAUGGACAGCCCAGCCUCUUUGCCGGAACGUGAUACCAAGAACAGUGAUGAUGAUGGAAGUACUUGUCACCUGCGUUUCCAACAAGCCGACAUAAAAGUGUACACCCGCUUUGUUCUUUCCGAGAUGGGAAAAUCGACAUAUUGGUUGAACAGAAAAGCCCAGCUUGAUAUUACGGAGAACGUAGCUAAUCGCCUGAGGGUGUCUGACCCAAGGAUCGCCAGGCUUGAUGGACGCAUUAUUGAAGGGCAGUCAAAAGGUCGCACUGAAGUGCAGGUAAUGUCAAGGACAGGACGAGUAAUCGGUGCGAAGGAAGUGCGUGUGAGCACGGACAAAGUGAGCAUCAAACGUCUUGAAGCUACUCUGGUCGCUGGAUUGGAUGUCGAGGUUCAGGGACCUGGAGAUCUGCAGGGAACAUACAUAGCUCGGGUCAAACUUCUCGAAGAUCUAAAACAUGUUGGUCAGGAAGGAUUCCUUGACAUAGCUGUUCACUUCACGGACGAAACCAUCAUCCCUCUUCAUCAGAUCAAUCCAAACGAUUACUUCCUUGAAAUGGACACCAUUAAUAAUCACGUGGUAGCAUUUGGCCCUCUAAUGACAGCUGACCGUCCAAGAGUGAAGGCGAUGGGCCCAGGCAAGGGAGAAUUGCUCAAACUCUCUAUGGAGCUUGGGGACGAGUGUCGUCGCAAGGUUUCAGAUCCCCUCGCUGUGAGUUACGUAUACGUUAAUGUCGAGUUAAAAGACUUAGACAAGGAGUUGCAGAAUGAUGAUUUCUUCAAGAAGGACAACCGUGCCGGUGGUCGUUGGGAUAUAAAGCCCUCACAGGGCAAAAAGGGCAUGUUUGAUCUUAACCUUGGCCCAGAGAAGAAGCAUUCGGCACAGGAUGAUCUGAGAAAUGAUCCGGAGCAGAAUGCGCCUGAUUUAAGCGACAUGGAUCUAGAUCUUGGUGAACUAUCAAAGAGCCCUGAGAGCAGUGCAAUGCAGGAGGCGCGGCGGCAACGCAUUGAUCAAAUCGGUGGAGUCACACCGCUGGAGAUCGGGAUGUACACACUGUUGGCCCUGGUCUGUAUGGCAGUCUUUGUUAUCGUAUCGUAUUGCGUAGUCUUCGUUGUUCGAUAUCGUCGUAAGAGGUUACCAAAGGAACACGGAGAAUCAAUUGCCCAGGCAAAAGACUGGGUGUGGAUUGGUCGGGCGACUCUUGAGCGCAAUCGUGUUAACACCCAGUGUUCUCAGACACUCAUGCCACCUGCAGACUUUAAUGGCAAUCAGACUGUUCGUCGUGGGAGUAACCGAAAUUCCGCCGACAGCAGCAAUCGUAAUAGUGGUGUAUCGGAAUACAAGGGCUCCGAGUGUAACAUCCGCAUCACAUCCAACCCGAUACCUAACGGAGGCAAUGUCGAGGAGACGGCGAGUUUAACCCGGAAUGAAGUGCAAUGGGAUUACGAAGCUAUGGGACUUACAUAUGACCAAUUGAUGGAAUAUUUUGACAACCUUAAGGAGACCUCUGCUUAAACAUGUCACUUCAUUGACAGUUAGAAACAUUUCAUAUUGCAAUGGACAAAAAUUAUUUUAGUACGAUCACAAGACUUCAUGUAUAUACAGAGUGUCUCUGAAUGUCACAUGGCUUAUGCACGCUUAUGAGUUGGAUCAAGAAUGGGAAUUGAUGGGGCUAUAUAUUUUUUGUUUUGAAUAACUAGAGGUGUUGCUAAUCAUGCUAAUGGUUUUAUUAGCUGAUUUGAAAGUGACGUGGGUCUGUUUUAAGAGUUUUCUAGACCUGCGAUGUUGGGCACACAUGGUGUGAACCAUCAAAUCCCAUUCUUGGUCGAGUGGUCUGUCGAAUCUGCUAGGAGGUGCAGCGAGUCUAUGUACUUGUUCAGGCUCAUACGGAGGUAGGUUUUUUCAUCAGAAAGACAACAAACAAGAUGAAAUGACGAAUGGGAAAGCUAUCACCUCUCGCAAGAUCCAUUCCAUCACUGUGCUUGUAUUGUGACAGCUCAUCCUGCGUGAAGGCAUUUUAGUCACGGAGUUCAUACGGGCCUGAAAAAGGUACAUGACUCACAGCACCAUCUACCAGGCUUGGUCAAAAGUCCACAUUCCCAUUACAUAAACAACAUCAAAUGACCCGGGACACUCUGUAGUGAUCAGAUCAAUUUUACUCAGGAUGUUACUGAGCGUCUCAAACAAAUCUUAAUUAGUUGUGCCAAAGGGUAAAAAUCAAAUUCUCUGCUAAUGAAACAAGGAAGUGUUCAUUUUGACCCAAAUUUUUAAGCAAAUAUGUAUAUUUUGUACCCUGGAUGCAGUGCUUCAAUAGCUAGAUCCCUCUUCUGUGGUUUGGGCGGUCGGUUGCCGUCAGCUUACGCCGGUAGAGUUUGAAAUCAAAGUAGGUCAGCUGGACUGCAAGACCACAUUAUCUAGUUGACAGGACGCGCUGUGUGCUGUAGCACAGUGUCAGGUUUUCAAUGCUAGUCAGCAACUUCUAAUGGAAAUUGCACUCCAAAUAUUUGUCGUAUUGUAAUAUAAAGUAGAUUGUUAUAAUCAUUGUCAUUUUGUGCGUAUGGUCCUUUCAGUUCAUUGAGGAAGUCCAACUAAUUGCGAUUAGUGAACUGAACUUUGGUGAUAUAUUGUACAAAACUACGAAGUUGCAUUUCUACAGCACUCCUGGGAUAUUGUGGUGGUCAUGCCAUGUUCUUCCCUUCAUAUAAGAAAACUUUUAAUUGAUCGAAUUUGGUAGGCUUUUUGUGGCAAAAUCUAAAUCUAAGAUCUAGUCUUAUAGAAUCAAUUAACACAGGGUCAUCACACAUAGUCAAAGGGUCAGUGUAAUACAGGUUGGUCCCCUCAUUUAUUGAUUUGUAACAUUCGUACAAAGCUGGGGGGGUUAAAGAGCCUUUUAGUAGGUGAAGGUCACAGUCUUCUGCGUAUGUUCUGAAGAAGGAGCCCGAUAUCAUUCACAGUGGCACUUGAAGCGCAGUCAAUCACCCGCUGGAGCUGUGACACUUAAAGUUCACGUUUGUUGGAACGACUCAAAAACCGUGAUUUCGUACUUAUUUCUUGCUGUAACUAGAAUGGUUUAUCGAUAUUGUGUGAUAGUUAGCAGUAAAGUAAACGGAAAAAAAACAUUUUUAAUGCAAAUUUCAGUUGAUUUUGCACCUUAUGAAUUCUUCCAAUUUUUUGCGGCAAAGUAUCUUGCCAAUUUCAGUGGAGCUGGCAUGUGAGCGUGUGAAUAAAUGGGUAGCUCUUUACACGCCUUGGUCAAGCUCUGUUAAGCUGAGAGAGAUCUCUUUUCAAAGGUGUAAAGAAAGUGUACAUACAUGUAGGACAAAGAUUCAAAUUUUGCACUGUUAGAGAAAAGUGGUGAUCUGGGGUGGCAAGAGUGAAACAGCAGUUAGGUUUGGAUUCUCCUCUUGACUUGUUUCCACAUCGUAAACUCUCUUGUCGUAUGGGACUGACUGAUGACACGAAACUAGCAUGUUGUUGAUCAAGUUGUAGCGGGAAGCACUGUAGCAAUACAAUUGCUGUUGUGGCAUGAACAAGGAACAUCAGAGGAAGCCAGCCUGUGGUGUAACCUGUGAUAAGCAUGGUGUGUGGGAAAUGUAAGAUCUGCCAGCAUUCUCAUCAUGGGAUGAACUUUGCCUGGUACCUUAUUCACAAAACGCAUGUUGGUAACAUGUGUGAGUAGUGUCAUUGAACCUAGACAGAGUUAAACCUUAAACCCUUAAAUCUUAUAAUCGCACCACACUUUGUCAAAAUGUUGUCUGAAGUUGAUCUAGUUAUCUUUCGACAAGGUGGCAAACACAAAUUCUGGUCUUAAAACAGCUAUAAUAUGUGUAUUUGUAUAAAUGUACCUAUAUAUAACUGACAUACAGACUGAUUGAGCAUAAGUCAAAUUUCUCUAAAGUUUCUAUUGUUUCUAGAUGUGAACUGUAAGUUAGGGAACGAAUAGCUAGAUGUGUCCCCAGUCAUCAUGCUCGUCUCUUCACGUGGCCCUCUUACUUGGCAUUUGUACAUGACAUAGCCUGUUAUAUAGUCGGUACUACCCCAGAUUGAAAUAGUGCUAGCAGUGUUCAAUGUGGCCAUUCUCUUUGUUUGGCUGAUUCACGCGGCUUUUUGUCUCAUCAUUGUAUUUCUUUAUCCGUUGAAAAUGUGUUUAAUUCAAGUAAUAAAUUGUUCUGUUAU